AAAGAGGGAAAAACGAAAAUAGGAAAAGGAGGAAGGAAAUGAAGAAAUCAGGAGGAGUAGAGAAGAAGAAAGUACGAAGAUCUUCUGCGUCCGUACAAAAUGGCAGCAGAGAUCACAGCUCCGACACUCCUCCUAGGAAACAAGCUGCCAAGAGGGAUGCGUUUCAGUUGUUUGCUGAGAAAGUGAGGGACCAUAAAGAUUUGGUGUCUAGAUGGGCUGUCUUGCAGGAAACUCGUGUUGAAUAUUUUAGAGGGAAGGACUUUGUAAGCUUUAUAAAAAAUCAUCUGGAGCUUAAAGAAAUGCUGGAGUCAGAUAGAAAUCUAGAAACUGAAGAUAUUGCCAAUAGUUUGUUACAAAAAAAUCUUUUGGUGCGCUGUGACCGCGUGGUAAAAACUGUUCGUCCAGGGAAGAAAAAGUUAUCUACCUGGCCUGCGCAUUUAGAAAUUUUCCCUGAACAAGUGUUCUCUGAAAAUGAUGCCUUUUUUGCAUGGACCUUUGUAAAACAGCGGCCUUUAUGGCAAACUCUUCUCUCAUUUUUCUGGCCUGUGUUGACACUUGCAAUUUGCUUGUUUCCCGUAUAUCCACAUCGAUGCAAAUUACUAAUACUCUACUCAUGUGCGGGGGUUCUUCUACUUAUUCUCUCCUUGCUUUCAUUGAGAGCUAUGAUAUUUGGUGCUGUGUGGAUCAUUCUUGGAAAGCGUGUUUGGUUCUUCCCUAACAUCCUUGCUGAGGAAGCAACAUUGCGAGAAUUAUUCCGUUUUUGGCCCAAAAAAGACGAAGAAGAGCAACCAAAAUGGACAGCAAGACUGUUUUAUGCAAUAGUGGCUGUUUUGGUCAUAUUGUUGCUAAGGCACCAUGCCCCUGACGAGGCUGCUAGAGCAAGAUAUCAGAAGCGGAUGACAAACAUAAUUGAUGACGUCCUUGAAUGGUCUCCAAGCCUGGCUCUGUCGGGGAUGAUGGAGAAACAGACUGUGGUUAAUGCCACAGAAAACAAAAACAAUUUUUCAAAUGAAAGCAAGGGAACCUCAGAGGCGGUAACCUCGGCUAAUGAAACGGGAAGCUUAGAGGAAAACCGAUCAACAUCAGAAUGAUACCAUGUGAUAGAUCGUACCGGACUUGGUAGAUGGAUUAUAAUGCCUUUAUUGUCAAAAAAUUAGCGUAAUAUCCACUGAAAAAGCGAGCCAGUUGUUUAUUA